AUGGGGGUUUCCUCCCUAGUUCCUAAGAAACGGAAACUUUUUAGCACAGAAACUAAUAAAAACAAGAAAACUAAGAUACUAGAGCCCCCUCUAGAGAAGCAACAAUCUCUAUUAGACAAAACAAAUGGCCUACUUGUAAGCAAAGGACCUAUGGCUACAGAGGAUAGCCAAGCUGCAACAACAAAUUUGUUACAACAAAGCUCUACAAUCAAUGAUAGACCCAGCUGGGAUGAGCAAUAG